AUGCUAUCUUCUAUUUUGGAUGUUCAAGAAGGUGCAAUUUCAAUGAAACCGUCUGAAGUUGAUUUGAGAAAUGAUCUAGAUAGAGAAGUAAACAAACGUAUGUUUGAUAGUACAGACAUUCUUCAAUAUAAUAAUGAACCAAUUCGUUUCACAACGCCUAAUGAACUACAAGGAUGGAUAGAAUCUGAUACAACUACAGUGAUCCCACCAUACGAUCUACUAUUUCCUUGGUUACAUAGUUAUUCAAAGGACUGUCCGCCACGUGGUGUAGGAAGAACCAUGAUAAUACGAUCUAGACAAAUAGUGGAUUUUGAAACAUUAGAAGAUUCAGGUAUACUUAAGAAUUCUGUAGAACCACAUGAUAUAUUUGUUGCUUGGUCAGACUCUAUUAACCAUAACCUAUUAAAGUUUUAUUCGAAAAAUUAUUCAAUAUUAGAAAAUCUUACAACAAUUAAAGAUUUUUUACAUGAAAUUUUGAAUUGGAUUCUUAAAAGAUUAGAUAUCCAUUUAUCUGAUAUUCAAAAUAAUAAAAUUAUUAAAUUAUGCAUUCAUUUUAAAAUAUUACCAUUUUUAAAGACAGAUUUUGAAUCAAUUAAAGAAUUUUGUGGUUCAAAUAGAGAUAAAGUUGGUAUCACUUCUUCAUUAAAUACAGAUAAAUCAUCUGAUGCAUUAUGGAAACAAUACACCAAUUCUUUCAGAAGAUUUGAUUUACAAUGUACUAAGAUAUUAGAAUUGUCAUCAAGAGUUGUCCUAUAUUGUCUUAAUGAGAACAACCAUCAUGAACAUGAUUCAUGUGAAUAUUGUAUUCAUUUCAAAAAAUUAUUAAUUUUGUCAAUGACUUUAUUAAAUAAAAAAGAAAUGACUCCAUAUUGUAACGAUAACAUAUACAUUUUAAAACAUAGUGGUUUCAAUACUAUACCGAACUCAUUAAUCGGUACACCGCCUUUGAAUAAUACUAUGAAACGAGGUGGAGAGAAUCCAGAACUCGGAGGAACAAUAACUUCUCCGUAUGAUGCAAUCUUGUUUAAUAACUGGGAUAGGGCAUUUAAGAUACACGAAAAGUUAGAGAUGGCUAAAUUGACAUCAAGAUCAUGUAUUGAUCUCGAACAUUCUUUUUGGUGUGGAAAUACUACAGAUUUUAGAAUAAUAAAAUUCUUUAAUUCAAAUGACAAUAUAUACAAUGGAAAAUCUUUUAAAUUAGAAGAUAACAAGAAAUAUCCUUACUACUCUCCUAACAAUUCAAUAUUAACUCUACCUUCAAUUGAUUUAACCACAGUGAUACAUAAUAAUGGAGAAGGGAAUAGAAUUAAUUUAAAUGAAGUUGAUACUUUGAACUUAGAAAAGAAUUUAUUUAAUAUUCCAUUUGUUGAAUGUCAAGAAAAGAAAAAUGUUGAUAAAAAUUUAUUUAUUCGUUGUUCAGAAAAUGCUGCAUUAUUAACAACUGAACAAUUAUGGGAUAUUUUAUGUCAAACAUUAGACGUAACAAUGGGACCACAACAAGAUAUUAUGUUUUCCUUCCCAAGUUCUGGUAGUAUUGGCCUAGGAAGUUUAAAUAUGUCUUCUAUUGGAAAUAUUUUAAAUACCUGUUACUUCAUGUACAUAAUAUCUCGUCGAACUGAUUAUAAAGCAUUGUUACAUUGUAGAGAUGGAUAUACAGAAUUAACAUUUUUGCUUGUAACCUACUUAUUAUUUUUAUGGGAUAUUCCUUUGGAAGAAGUAAUCAUUAAGCUUAAUACAGAUUGCGAAAGACCUUUUUAUUUAUUCCAAACUGAUAUUCAAGUAUUAAAUCAUUUACAAUUAUUAAUUAGAAGUUUUAGUCCCAAACGUAAGGAUAAUUUUGAACGAUAUAACAGUUGUCCCAACGAUGAUUUACCUGAACCACUAGAGAUCGAUUCUGAAAUGUUUAGUAAUAUUUUUUUCACGAAAUUAUCUGAGACCAAUAUUAAUUUGAAUAAACUGAACGGACCUUUGCCAUCCAGAAUCCUAGAUCAUCUAUAUUUGGGAUCUUUAGAACAUGCUCAAUCCCCUGAAUUAUUGAAAAGAUUGGGAAUUACUCACAUUGUGUCUGUUGGUGAAAUAAUAUCGUGGGUUAAACCUAGUCAGGCAUCUACAACAUCCGACGUAAGAAAUCGUGGUAUGUCGACUACCCAUAACGUGCAUGUUAUGAAAAGUAAUGUUAGAGAACAACGAAGCGCAACCAUAACCACAGGAGAUACAUCUCAAUUAUCUAGCACGUCAAUACACCAAUUUGUUCAGGAUGAUUUUAAUAUCCUGAAGAUAAAUAAUUUACAAGAUAAUGGAUUUGACUGUAUUACUGAUCAAUUGGAAGAAAUUUUAAAAUUUAUUGACGUUGCAUAUAAUGAAGGUGGCAAAGUAUUAGUCCAUUGCAUGGUCGGAGUAUCAAGAUCUGCUACUGUAUGUAUUGCAGAAUGUAUGAAAAGAUUCAGAUGCGAGGUUCUUAGAGCUUAUUUAUAUGUCCGUGUUCGUCGAUUGAACAUUAUUAUCCAACCUAAUUUGAUAUUCAUGUACGAUUUAUUAAGAUGGCAAGAAGCUUUAGGGAUAACUCGUGAAAUGGAUUGGCAUAUAAUAUGUCGAAAUAUUUUGGAAUUAAACAAGCGAUACGUAUAA